UCUCCCAUUGCCUUUAUAGUCAGUCACCUCUGAUCUUCAUUUCUUGUUACAAAGUCUUAUCUCAUUGAAAACAUUCUAGUACCCUCUUUGCUUUGUGUGUCUAAUCCUAUACAAUCACUAGCUCUUCAUUCAUAUUCAUACACUUUCUUCUCUUUGAAAACAUGAGCAGGAGAACAACAAAGAAUAUGAGAGGCUUCAUGUGCCAGUCUCAAGUAGCAACUGCAGUGUGCAUGGCCACUACAACUUCUCGCAGCUCGGUGAUUGUGCCUAGGAGGGCUGAGAAAACUCUUAUUGAUCAUAAUACUCGUUUUAGCAACAAUGCCAGGUACUCUAGGCUUGUUGACACUCAUAGGCUCGCUGUUGGUAAUAAGCCAUUCAUGAAAAGGGAACGCGAUCCGCACCAUCAGCCAAAGCCCAUUCAGAAACCAUCUUCAUCACUUGCUUUGCCAGACAAUGUCUUCCAGGUUGUUGUGAUGAGGGUAUCCAUUCAUUGUCAAGGCUGUGCUGGCAAAGUUAAGAAGCAUCUGUCCAAAAUGGAAGGGGUUACAUCGUUCAGUAUUGAUGUAGAGACAAAGAGGGUGACGGUGAUGGGACACGUUUCACCAGUGGGAGUCCUGGAGAGCAUUUCAAAGGUGAAGAAAGCAGAGUUUUGGCCAUGUUGAAUGAUGAAUACCUCAAAUAUAUUGGAAGCCAAAGCCAAUUUGAAGAACAUUAAAUCUUCGUCCUUCUCUUUACAUUUAGUUAUCUGUAUAAUUAUUUAUCGAAAAAAAAAGUUAUAUGUUUAAUUUGGUGGUCAUGGUUGGACAGAAAGUGGGAAAGAGUGCAGAAAUUUGACCAUGUGAAUUUUAUUUGUAUUGUGCAUUUAACCUGACAUAAGUCUGUCUCUAUUUAUUUUUUGGGCAUUAAUUUUAGUCUUACUCUUGCUUUUAA